GAACCACCAGCACCACAAAGACAGUCUCCCCUGCACAGAAAGCAGACACGCACCAUAAGAAAGGAACCAAUUUUCCUCUGUAAAUUGUAAAACAAAGAGAACUCAAAAGGUCCAAUGGCCAUUGCCACGGCCACAAACUUGUACACUUCAUAUUCUCCGAUAACAACCAAAACCCACAAUAACAAAAGUGUAUCUUUUCCAUUACAACCUGAUGCUCACGUCUCCAGGCAUGUCAAGUUCGCUGUACCAUUUCAGAAAAGAACCACACUUUCGAUAUCAGCUGCAAGUACCACUGCUAUACAAGUAGACGGACCUACAACUUCUAGCAAAACAUCAAAGACUCUGCCUUUCAGAGUGGGUCAUGGGUUUGAUCUCCACAGGUUAGAACCUGGGUACCCUUUGAUUAUUGGUGGGAUUGAUGUGCCACAUGAUAGAGGAUGUGAAGCUCACUCUGAUGGGGACGUGUUACUUCACUGUGUUGUGGAUGCAGUAUUGGGUGCUCUGGGGCUCCCUGAUAUCGGGCAGAUAUUCCCUGAUUCUGAUCCCAAGUGGAAAGGAGCACCUUCAUCUGUUUUUAUCCAAGAAGCUAUGAGACUAAUGCACGAGGCAGGUUACGAGAUUGGAAACUUGGAUGCUACCUUGAUCCUUCAAAGGCCAAAACUCAGCCCACACAAGGAGGCUAUCAGGGCCAAUUUGUCGGAGCUGCUAGGAGCGGACCCCUCUGUUGUAAAUCUGAAAGCGAAAACUCAUGAAAAGGUCGAUAGCCUUGGUGAAAAUAGAAGCAUCGCGGCGCACACAGUGGUUCUUCUCAUGAAGAAAUGAAUUGAAGGCCUUAAAAUCUAAUACUGUUUUAAGGAUGGCAACUGUGACAUUGUUAUAUUCAGCUACAAAAAUAAUGGUGUUAGUUCUCUCGAUUGAUACCGUCUGUGUCUCGUAUAAAUAUUUCCCUUCGGGUGCCAAGUUUAUCGGUCAGCUGUUUUUUUUGUAGAUGUUGUGCCAACGCUCACGUUAGGGUUCCCCUCCCUGGAAUAUCUAUUCAGACUUCUUCGGAUUCGGCUCUCAUAUUAUGUAACCCGCUUGGAUUCGAGUCCCGGCGAGAGAGGGGGCCCGAUAA